ACGAGUCCGGGGUCUCUUUAUUAGAUGGCGUCCAGGAACAAUCCGAGGUGGGUUAAUCCGACUUGUGUCUCAUACACAUCAGAUGAAGACUCAAGUAUCCAGGGUCUUGGUCCAAAGGCAAGAGGUUGGGAGAGAUCCAGUGCAAAAAAGGCUCCAGGGAAGGUUUUUCUUCCUCGGGCGAACAAUAUAUUCCUGGCGAGAUGAGCGAGGGUCGCAACGACGGGUGCUCGAGAGAUUGAGUGACGAGAAGGAGAAGACAAGAAACAGGCAAGAGGCUGUUGGGAGGAGGGAGACAGGAGAGAACGAGAGAGAAAUCCGCCUCUUCCAGUGGGUUUUGUCCGGUGCACGCGUUUCUAACUGUCACUCACACUUUGCACUUUCAGUCACACACAGGCGGGUAUAAAUGUCGACGACCUGGCCGAAAAUGCCAGAAUGUAGUUUCUCAGAGAGCAGCGAGACCAGGGGGGAGGGGAAAGGAGAUAAGAGAGUGUCGCCAAGGGGGGGGGAGCGCGAGGGUUGUGCGUUGCGGUUGGUUGUUUGGGAUGUU